GAAAGGAGGAGGAGCAGGGAGCACGCCAAAGGCCGCCUACAGCCAGCUUCGAGGGAGUAUUAGGGGCAUAGCCCUCAUGACACCCGCUCCUUUGAAAUGACCGACUGACUCGGUACCUCGGCGAUUUCCCGAGUGAGGCCGGCCAUUUCAUUGUGUUGUGAGGUAAACUCCCAUUCAUUUUGGAGCGUCGGGAGAUAGGCCGCGCCUGAGGGAGGCGGCCACCGAGCUCGAUUAAUGCGGCUUGUGGGCAGCAAGGACUGACCCGUGGCGGCGGACGAGGAGGAAAAAAAACCCACCGUUUUUGUGGGAAGAAAAAAAAUCACCGGUGGAUAUUCGUUUAUUUUCGCGGAGAAUUCAGCUUGAUUAGACACACGGCUGGAGAUGGUGGAUGUGGAUUUCGGUGGCUGCGGUGCAUCUGGAAAUGGCAGCAGCAGCAGAAAGAUGCUGGAGCUGUCUGAGUCUGACUGCGCUGAGAUUGUUCCUCUGCAGCUCUACGAUUCAUCCAGGGCCAAGAUAGCCGCCAAUCUGGCGUGGAUCUUUUCCAAAGCGUACGGAAUAGAUAAUAUCCCGGAGGAUUUAAGAGAUGCUUUCUACACCGACCAGUAUGACCAAGAACACAUUAAACCACCUGUCAUUAAGUUGCUGCUGUCGAGUGAACUCUAUUGUCGUGUCUGCAGCCUAAUUCUGAAAGGGGAUCAGGUGGCUGCAUUGCAGGGUCAUCAGCCUGUCAUUCAAGCAUUGUCUCGCAAAGGCAUUUAUGUUAUGGAAAGUGAUGAUUUACCAGUUUCCGAAUCAGACCUCGCGCAGUCUCCAAUCAAAAUGAGUGCCCAUAUGGCUUUGAUUGAUGCACUGAUGAUGGCUUAUACAGUAGAGAUGAUCAGCAUUGAAAAAGUAGUGGCCUCUGUGAAGCGUUUUUCUACAUUUAGUGCCUCAAAGGAAUUGCCAUAUGAUCUGGAAGAUGCCAUGGUGUUCUGGAUAAAUAAGGUGAACUUAAAAAUGAGAGAGAUUACGGAAAAGGAGUUUAAACUUAAACAGCAGAUUGUGGAGAGCCCAAGUCACCAGAAGUCUCCUUCAAAAUGGUAUUGGAAACUGGUGCCAGUCCGUUAUCGACGAGAUCACCCCUUAAACAAGCAGUUGCCAUUUUUCCCUUUAAUGGAAGAUUUAAUGAGAGAUGUGUGUGAUGGCUGUUCACUUCUGGCAGUCAUUCAUUACUACUGCCCGGAACUCAUGAAGUUAGAAGACAUUUGUUUGAAGGAAGUGACUUCAAUUGCAGACAGCUUGUAUAAUAUUCAACUUCUCAUAGAUUUUUCGAAUCAUUACCUGAACAGAAGUUUCUAUCUCACACUAGAAGACAUGCUGUACAGUCCUUUAGUACUGAAGCCUAACGUUAUGGUGUUCAUUGCUGAGUUAUUCUGGUGGUUUGAAGUUGUGAAGCCUGACUUUGUGCAGCCAAGAGAAGUUCAUGAAAUCAAAGAUGCUAAAACACUUCUACAACAGAAGAGCUCUCGCCCACCUCUUCCGAUUUCCAAUGCAACAAAGCGAAGCUUUAUGGUCAGUCCUGCAAAUGGUCCAGGUGAUAUGCCAACGUCUGUUUCACAGAGUAGCCCAGAAAUUGGAACCAGGUAUUGCCUGCAUCCUGAAGAAUUUGUUAAAGGAAGCCCUGCAUUUAGCCCAUCCCAUCCGCUAUUGCCUUUAAGACACAGGCAGUACAAAUGUCCCCUAUCUAGUGAAGACAGCCCAGAUACUCGACAUCGUUCAAAUUCCCUAACUCGUGUUGAUGGGCAGCCAAGAGGUACAGUGUUGGCCUGGCAAGAAAGGAAGCCAAGACCCUUGUCUCAGCCAACGCCAUUUGCCCUUCAUUAUGCAACUGACAGUGAUGUAGAUGCUGGCUCUGGAGAUAGCGUCAGCUUGGCUAGGUCCAUUAGCAAAGACAGUCUUGCAUCCAAUAUAGUCAAUGUAACCCCAAAGCAUCAGUCUCAGAUACUUUCCCCACCUGCAGAAAGCAAUGGGAAACGUUUGCUACGGAAUGUUGACUUGGAUGAUGAGGAUGACGAGGAGCUUAUUGCAAUAAUUAAGUCAGAUGGGGAGCUGCUUAACAGUUCUGAUCUUGAGUUACAAAGUGUUUCGUCAAAAGUCACAAGUCAGGCCCUGCCAUCAAAGUCUCCCAAAGGACAGCAAAAUGACAUUGAAGUAACGAACCAAUCUGGCGGGUUCUUUUUAGAACCUUUAAUGCCUGCAGUCUUAAAACCAGCCAAGGAAAAUCUCCUAAUUGUUAACAAGUAUGAAGAAUGUGGAGAGCGAAGAUACAGACCUUCCUCAGCAAAGAGAGUAAUGGAUGGACAUUUGCCUUCAAUGCGCAAAAAAGCAGUGAAUAUCAAUAUGGAGUCAGACAUUAACAGGACUUUCACCCCCAUAACAAGCUCUGACUUCAUUGUAGUUUCUGAUUCAGUCAGUGAAAAGUCACUGCGACAUGUCGAAGAAUCCGGAGAUUCCUUAAAUAAUUUUAGGCCGUUGGCUAGUAGUAGUAUUGAAGCUGCAAUUCAGGGGGAAUCUGGGGGCUUCUUCCUUCAUACUGGUGCUCUUGAGGAAGGACUGGAUGGUGUGUCAAUAAAUAACGAAACCACUGUAGGAAAUAGUAAACCACAUGAAACAACGUGGAUUAUGAACAUGCAAGAUUCUGAUUCAGAAGUGCUAGAUAUGGAAGAGGCUGACCAAGAUCUAGUUACAGAUGAAGAGGUCCAACAAGUCAGAAGUGGGGACAGUGGAGAAGAGGAGUCUAGAAAAUUGCAUCAUGAUAUGAAGGUGAAAGAACAUGAGGACAAGGAUGGUGCCAGUGGACGUUCCAGUCCUUGUCUGAGUACGAUUUCACAGGCUAGCAGCACAUCCAUGACCAGUACUAGUAUUACAAUGACUAACUUCGCUGAGCGUAAACUACAAAGACUUAACAGUGCUGAGGCAAAAUCUAGUGCGAGUAGCUCUCAAAAGACCACUCCAGAUGGGUCAGAAUGUUGUCCUUUACCCAUGAUGACAUGGAGGCAGAGACGAGAACAGAGUCCCAGUAGACAGACCAAAAACAAUGCUCAGAUGCUGGCCUCUGAACUUGUGCAACUUCACAUGCAGCUUGAGGAGAAACGCAGAACAAUUGAAGCUCAGAAAAAGAAAAUGGAAGCACUGUCCGCUAGACAGCGUCUAAAAUUGGGCAAAGCUGCUUUCUUGCAUAUUGUUAAAAAGGGGAAGAAUGAAGGGAUUCCUCAACCACUUAAGCCUGAAUACCUCACAAAAGAAGCUGAGCUUCCAACUAAUGAGGAAGGUGUUGCUCUAGUAUGCCAGUCCCCUCGAUCAGAUGAAGAUUUUGCCACCAAAGAGGAUUACUUAAAACAGCUAGAAGGAGAAGGGGCAAAAGAUUUGCAUGAGAAAAUCACAGAAAAUGAUAUCCAAGAAAGCAUUGCGGCAGUUAGGCAGCGGUGGUUAAAGGAAUCUUCACAGACAGCUCAAGAUGUUGACAAGAACAAGACGAAUUCAAAUGGUUUUGAGGAUGGAAUGGCAGAUGUUGAUAUGAACGAAUACAAUCGGUCUAUUGAGAAACUUAAUGAAACUCUGAGCAACCUUCAGUUUGAGAUGCACAAGCUUUCGCAGCAGCAGGAGCUCUUGAUGAAGCUUAAGGACCAGGCGCCAAACACACCUCUACCAAAUGUUAAUCGCAAUCUGCAUGACCAAAAAGUCAGGCAAGCAGUGCAGAUUGUGGAACCGCUAUCGCCUACAGGAGGUAGUCCAUCACAAGCUAUACGUAAACAGCCACGCAGCACUCCAUUGAAAAGUCCUCGUUCAACAAGGCCAACAGAAUUAAAAGUGCCUCGGGAUUCUAAAAUGCAAGGCUCCUUUCGGAUGAUCACACCUACACAUAAUGUCGAAACUCUACCCCAUCUACGACCCUCUCCAGGUAGUAAACCAUUAAAGUCUGAGAUUGAUGAUAUUGUUGAUGGUGGUCUUAGCACAGGGACUUCAGAAGGCAGAUCUUCUAAAGGUUCUGUAGAGCAUACUUCUGAAAGGAUGAAGGACGCUGAUGGCCCAAAGGAAGAUGACGAAGGUAACCAGCGGAUAUCGGUGCUUUCAGCAACCCAAAAAGACAGUUAUAAUUAUUUCUAUGAACAAAUCAACACUGAGGCAGUAAUUAGCACCCCAAAGAAAGCUGAAUAUCCGUCACUCAUCUCUUCAGAUAGAUCAGGGAAGGAAAACAUUCCUGUUGAGGAACAAACCAAAAACAAGGCAAACCUCAUUGAAGUAGAUAUCUCUGAACUGAAGGCACCAGCAGAAGGCGAAACAUCUGAAAGUCAAGGCCUUUCCACCAGUCAUGUGAUCUGCGAAUCUGAUCAGAGGUCUGGAUUAGGCUUUUUCUUCAAGGAUGAUCAGAAAGCAGAAGAUGAGUUGGCAAAGAAGCGGGCUGCGUUCCUUCUAAAACAGCAGCGCAAAGCAGAAGAAGCUCGCUUACGAAGACAGCAGUUGGAUGCUGAAAUAGAGCAGAAGCGUGAUGAAGCAAGGCGCAAAGCUGAAGAGGACCGGAUUCGUAAAGAAGAGGAGAAAGCACGGAGAGAACUGAUCAAACAGGAAUAUCUCAGGCGUAAACAACAACAAAUUCUUGAGGAACAAGGACUUGUUAAACCCAAACCUAAAGUUAAGAAGCAACGCCCAAAAUCAGUGCAUCGGGAGGAAUCUUCUAGCGACACCCCAUCUCAAUACUCUUCUACCCUUGAUAAUCUGAGCAGUGCGCAGUUUGGUUCCAGUCUCUCUCUGGCAUCAGCCACUACUACCGAGGCAGAAAGUGUGAAUUCUGGUGGUGGAAGUGGUAGUGGUGGUUAUUCACAAAGGACAGAUUCUAUGGAAACAUUUUCGGUGUCGAGCAGAAAUCAGAGUAGAAACACAGAACGAGACUGGGAGAAUACGUCCACAGCCUCAUCAAUUACGUCAGUAGCAGAGUACACAGGUCCUAAACUAUUUAAGGAACCAAGCUCCAAGUCAAACAAAUCAAUAAUCCAUAAUGCUAUCUCACACUGCUGCCUUGCAGGGAAAGUAAAUGAGGCACAGAAAAACUCAAUACUUGAGGAGCUUGAGAAAUGCGAGGCUAACCAUUACAUCAUCUUGUUCCGUGAUGCGGGCUGCCAGUUCCGAGCACUUUAUGCAUAUUCCCCAGACUCUGAAGAGAUCCUGAAGUUAACUGGGACAGGGCCAAAAAACAUUAAUAAGAAGAUGAUCGACAAGCUUUACAAAUACAGCUCGGACAGAAAGCUGUUUAGCUUAAUACCUACUAAAACCAUGUCAGUCAGUGUGGAUGCUAUCACAAUUCACAAUCACCUGUGGCAAGCCAAGCGGUCUGCAGUGCCAAAGAAGCAGUCAACUGGAAAAUGAAAGAAUUUUUAGCUGGUUAAGUUUGAAAUUCUCAGAUGCCCUCCCCCUGCAAAGUAGUUGAUUGUGUUGAAAUUCACAACCUUUCCAUUUUAUUUGGUGGCAGUUCCAUUCUGGGAGAGUACAAAUCCCUUCGGAUUCCGUUACAGAUGAGAGAAUGGAAACUUUUGUUUGUAUAUGAAAUAUGAUGUCUUCUCCAAAGGAUGGAGUGAAUUGAUGGGCCAUUAUCCUGAAAGAUCGUUGGUCUCUGGGUGUCAAGAUCUGGCAGUGUAUGACAGAACCCUGGCUUAAUUUUCUGCACUGGUUACUCUGGCUUGUAGCAGUCUUUUCUUUGCAUGUGGCAAGUUUCCUAACCAGUGGAUUCUUAAAAGUGUUUGUGGACAGUAGAUGUGAAAAUCCUCUUUGGCAUUAUCUUUCUUUUCCCCUCUAUUCCUCUGUGGAAUAGUGUCACAUGAAGAAUUAGUAAUACAGCAGUUAAAUUUGGCUUGAGCUGUCCUUGGAAUGUUCGGUUUUAUAACACUGCUUUUACUACAGUAUUGAUCUGAAAUGGAAACAAUGUAGAAAACUCCUUUUUUCUUGUAUUGGUGAAGGUAAUUCCGGUCUGACUUUGGCUUAACUGGGUGCAGCAAUUGGAUCAAUUCAGUACCUGCCAAGGAACAAUGACUGCUGACUUCCCACAAUUCCAGAUACUCCUUAAUUUUCUCCUUGUACUCUUACCGAGAACGGUGAUAGAUUGUGAGCUGUGCAUUUUAAGAAAGCAUCAUGACUGAUUUUACCAAUAGCCAUAGCACCCUUGGCACCGCAAUCAUACAGAAUUAUCUGCGCAAACCACACAAGAUGGCAAGAUGAUGGAAUUGACAGUCUGAUUUAAUAAACAUUUGAAUUUGGCACAUUGUAUAAGUACCAUCUUCUUAGACAAAGCUUGUGUUCUGCAGUAAUGAUUGGGUGUUAAUUGUUCAGUAAGGAAGAUUGUUGUAGAGGUAGAGCAUUACCACAGAGCACAUUGCUGUCUGAAGACACACUGAGAGAUCACAGUCAAAAUUUAAUGCUUUUUAAUUACAUCAUGCAUUCUGAAAAUCUUCUAUCCUCUCUCUCAUUUUCCAGUACUGUAUGAGCAGCAUGCUCUUGUAAGGGUGUACAUUCUGUUAAACCUCCAACCUUAUUUUCUUUUGGGAUUGCAGUAUUUAAUAUAUUUCUUAACCUCUUAUUCUUUCGUGUGUCAUCCUUAGCUAAUUUCUGCACAAUGGAAUUUCUCUCAGCAGGCACUCAUCAAACACAGCUUUCUUUUCCUGUUCUGAAGUUUUUAACGUAACCUGUCAAGAGCUGCGUGUGUUCUGUUUAAAAUAAAAAAAACUUCCUAUUAAGUGGUAUAGUGAAAAAUAAUUUGAUCGCUGUACGUGUGGUCAUAGUGAUCAUUCUUAAAGCUGUAUCUUUUUCCCCAUUACUAUGCAGCGUUGCCAUUCAGUGGUGAUGACCUAAUAAGACAGCUGUAGAGCGGCUUAGAGGGCCCGAUUUUGAAUUUCUCUUGAGCAUGUCCAUCGGGUCAGAGUACCACUGACGUAAGAGAGUUUCUGAAAUAGGAACUUAUUUUUAAAAACAGCAAUUGAGGCUUUAUGGAUAAUCAUAGUAUUUAAUUGCUGCUGUCUGUAGACAAUUUCAUUUUUUUAAAGCUAUAUAAAAAAUGCACUCCAAACCUGAUUGGUAACAGAAAAGACAGCAGAGGGUUUGCAGUUGUAACCAAGUACUGCAGUCAAGGUUAUGUGCGGGUUUACCUGCAAUGGAACACUGUCUGAUUUGAAAAUGGAGCCAGCUUCGUCUUGGGAGUAGGUUAAGUUUCUCCAACAGAGAAAGAAACUUGUGGUUUACUGAAAUUGUUCUUAUGCAGCUUUUACAUUUCCGCUGUUUUAUUUUUGGCUAUUGGUUUAUAGGAAGGAAAUUAUUGUUAAAUGGUUAGCCUUUGCUGUCUGUCUCUUACCACCCUUUUCGAAAACCUUUGUGGCUGUGCUCAAGCAAGUUACAUUUGCUCAUGCAUGGUUACUGAAUGUGAGAUGGAUUGUGUGCAUUUAAAAAUGUUCAAACAGAAUUGAUGGAGUGCCAUGGAGAAAUGUUUUAUAUAUAUAAAUGAAAUAUAUAUAUGCAAGAAUUUUCAUUGGUCUGCCAGAAUUCUUAAUUUUUAAAAUGUGAAUGAAAUAGUGUCAUAGAAUCUUUUUUCACUUUUUAAAUCUGUGUUUAUGCAUUGCAUUUUUACAACCAACUGUAAUGCAUCUGUUCAACCUGGUUAGUAAGGAAAUCAGCAAACAUUUGAUGUUGCUGAUGGUUUUUGGUGAGUGCGUGAUACAGAGGACUGAAAGUUGUGACAAAUAAGUAUGGUGUAGCAAUACUUGAAAUAUUUAUCUCUGAUUAAGUGGGUUCUUGUAGAGAAAAUGAUUAAAAACAUACAAGCUUUACUUUUCCUCUAAGUAGUUUUCUAUAUGGAGCCCAAUGUCUUGAAUGUAGGCCAGCACUAAGCUAGUUGCAUGUUUGUGUAUUAAAGGGAUUCAUAUCUGUACAACACUAAAGAGUAGCUUAAGUAUUUGUACAUAUUUUGAAAUCUCCCUACUUGUAUUUUAAUAGAAUUGAACUGUCUAAGGUAUUUAAUAUGUACCUUGUUUUCCUGUCACUUUUCAGUGCCAAAGCUUCAAAUACGUUGAAGAAUCUUUGCUCUAGAAGUGCAUUAAAUUUCGCAUUGCAGUGAGAGUUUCCAGUUUUUUUGAUAAUUCUAUUACAUUUGAUAAAAUGGAUGAUUAAUUCUAGUAAGCAACAUUAAUUCUAGAUAGCUCAGUUAAAGUUAACCUUUAUAUUUAUCGCAUCGCUGAAAUCAUUCAGGAUGUAUAAAAUCUUUUAAAUUUAAUAGUUUUUUUAUUUGUAAUGGGUGUAAAACAUUUGUUUUUACCGGUCAGCAUAGAACAGCAUGAAUUCCUUCAUGUUGUGUAUAGUGAUAUUUGGUUUGGUAAGUGAAAUGAUCCACAGAAGGCCUAUCUGUAAAGGCACUAUUCAAAAGGUGGGGAGGUAUUAAGGGAUUCCAUUACUUAUUGUGCAUUAUUUCUUAAAUUACGUUAACAUCUUUAGAAAUUGACAGCUGGAUGAUAUUAGCUGAUAUAUUGGUUAAAUAUAUUCUAACGAUUAAGAUAUGGAUUUAAAUUUAGCUUGGGUUGAUAGACAGAAUGCAAGUCUCUGCUGUCCAGAGAUCUCCCAAGUGAAUUGAGUUGUGUUUAUACCCUAAAUAACAUUGGAUAUGACUGGAUGAAACUUGUUAUGAAGUAUAAUGCUCUGGUAUCAAAUACAGUCCAACAAAGUGUUAUUCCAAUUUUAGUUUUAUCUUGAAAGUAAAUUAAAACUUUGUGAACUGUUUUCUCUCUUCAGAAAGCUUACCAUCAAGAAAAUCCCAAUAGUAGAAAUAGAAAAUGUACUCUGCUUCAACAACACUAUCAUAAUUUAAGAUGGCUGUGUUGACAGCGUGAAGAUUAAGUGCCAUGCAGUAUGGCAUUCUUUUCAUUUUCUGCAGCCGUUAUUUAUGAUGUAUCAACUAGGCUUAAUCCAGUUACAGUUGAAAUGUGUAUUACAAUACUAAAGCCUUUUAAGAACCUUUAGGUAAAACUACAGCCACUAUCAUAAUGUAUGGACGAGUUUGUAAAGUCAGGUUGUUUGGUGAUGACAUGCAGUAUCCCCAAACAUCACUUUUAUUUUCUAUGUUAGGGAUGUAGGUGAUCCGGUCACCAGUAAGGUGGUAAGCGUUGUUAUUUGCUGUCAGAUCAACUAUUGUGAUGGAACUGUAAAAACCUAAUUACACACCAUUGUUCUCUUUAUAACAAUUUUAAUAGUUAAUCUGGAUCCUUCAGAAAAAUCAGAAAUCUGAAAUUGGAACUGAAGAUACCAGAAGUACUCAACAGGCUCCCAGUGCCUGAGGAAGAGAGGCUAAUUUAGUGUUUGAUUGCAAACCUUUGGACACAUCUGAGUCAGAGUCUGAUGAAACAAUCUGUUCCUGAAAUAUUUUUGUUAAACAUCAAGUACAUUGAAAACUUAUUUGAUAUAUUCAUAACACAUUAGUAGAUUAUUUAUGUUUCUGUUCAUGGUCAGGCAACAAAGGUAAGUUGCUUCCACAUACGCAAGCUGGUGAGAAGAGAGAGAGGUUUCUCCUCAGUAGUACCUAGUGCCAGAAUCUACAUUGUUACAGCUGAUUCUUCACAUGAAAGGUUUAAUUUAUAACCCUUUGCAGAAUCAAUUACGUAAUGCAAUACAAGUAUGAUUAAAAACCGCAACAAUGUGAACACUUACUUCUGUGUGUGCAUGUAUAUUUAGAGUAAAUUUGUAUUCCUUUUAUGCAUCCAGUUAACACCCUGUGACAAGCAAACCAAAGUAUAGUUGUAUCUUGCAGCUGGCUUCUGUCUGUAACAGCAUUCCUGCCAGCAAACCACAUUGUAAAAGUGAAAGAUGCUAAGUUUUUACAUAUUGCUGAUAAUGGAGACUUAAAUAUGCUGCAAACCUUCAUGGAAUGAAGACAACAUUGAUGAACAGCUGUUGGCUCCCUCUAACUUUUAUAUUGUCAUGUUUCUUGACCUGGGAGAUUAGUUCAGAUUUUUCUGAUUAUCAUGAAUGGUAACCUAUUUUAUUUUUAAUGAGAUACUGUAGAUCAGAAAGUCUAGGCUUGUUUUGUUUUGUGUUUAUUGGGUAACUGUUUCAUUUUGUUAGAUUCAGAUGGUAACUAUCUGUCUAUUCAAAUAUUUUGUGCUCUUUGGUUCCCUCAAUUUUCAUACAUUCAAUCUAAAUACAUUUUUAAAGUUACUUAUUUAUUAAGUUAGAUGACACCACUGCUCGCUCAGCAAUUGAAAUAUUAAAAAUAUCUUUAGCAAGCUGCAUGGAGUUUUUUAAAGCAACCAAGUUUUAUUUCAGAAUUCUUGUAACCUUUUUUUAAACGCUAGUUCGAUACAGGUACAAGGGAUUGGGCAAGUCGGCCAGUUGUGACUUUUUUCAGGUAUUUUAUAUUUUUAAGUAACUUGUUAAAGAUGGCCAUGGUAAAUUAUUUUACAAAACAAAAUAGCUUGUCAAACCAUGAACAGUAAGUGCAGUGACAUUUGUACAAACAGGAUUCCACCUUAUACUAGUCAACCAAUGUUUUGUUGUUCUAAAUACGUAAUGCAGAAACAAUGGGCAUUAAAAGUUUUAACAUUAACAUGCAAUCAUACUUCUUCCCCACCCACAUUACUGUUGUGAAAACUGUUCUCUAGAGCAGAACAUGCAAGCACCUUUGUAGAUCUUUAAUGCAAGGUGCUUUUGGGAGAAUUGUUUAGUGCAAAGAAAGUGCAAUUGUCUUGAUCUUUUGAAAGAGAAAUAUUUUCAAAGUCAGCACUUUUUGAAAUGGGCCAUACUUAAAACAAGCUGUCACAGUUUGAUGUAAUUACGCACUGAUUACAGUUUACACUAGGAAAACCAGGUUGCACUGAUGCAUUUGGUGAAGUAAUCACAAGAUGUUGACAAUGGAGUCUAGGGUUAUCAAAUGCAAGUUUGUCUUCCACUGCUCUCCCCCACCCCCCCGCCCCGCCGUUUCUGUGUGUUUUUAAAUCAGUGUAUGACAUGGAUUGAAAGUUUGCAAUAUGGUGCAGCCUUUUGUAAAUAAGUGUGUGGAUAACUGGUCUGUUGGAACUGUAAAUACCUAAGGACUAUACCAAAUUAUUUUCUAAUGGUUUGAGUAUUGCUAUACAGAUCACAGUAAUGGCGUCAUUUUUUUUUUGUAAUAUUACCAUACUUCCCAUCAUCACCUAAAUGUUUUGUCCACUUGUAUGUUUAACAUAUAAAACAUAUUUAUUUUGAAAAGCACUGAAAAGUUAAUAAAGAGCAGUGAACUAUU